GCUUCAACAUUUAUCCAUAUCAACAAAUCCACAUAUCCACAAAGCAGAGAGAGAGAGAGAGAGAGAAGGUGGUGCAUGUGUAUGGAGAUUUCUGCUAUAUUUCUGAUAUACACCAUCAUCUUCCUCUCUUCGUCAUGCUUCCUCUUCCUCUCUUAUCAUCCCUCCAUGAGGAAAAGACGACAACCUCAAGAACUCGCCGCCAAACUCCCUCCUGGUUCAAUGGGUUGGCCUUACGUCGGAGAAACUCUUCAACUCUACUCGGAAAAUCCCAAUCGCUUCUUCGCUUCCAAACAGAAAAGAUAUGGAGAAAUCUUCAAGACGCACAUACUAGGGUGUCCCUGUGUGAUGCUGGCGAGUCCUGAGGCUGCGAGGUUCGUGUUGGUGACUCACGCGAACCUGUUCAAACCCACAUAUCCUAAAAGCAAAGAGAGAUUGAUUGGUCCUUCUGCAUUAUUCUUUCACCAAGGAGAUUACCAUUUUCGCCUCAGGAAGCUCGUCCAGGCUUCUCUUUCCCCAGAAAGCAUCAGAAAACUCAUACCAGAUAUCGAAUCCGCAGCCAUUUCUGCUCUCCACUCCUGGGCUUCUCCUCCCGAUCAAGUCAUCAACGUCUUCCACGAGAUGAAAAAGUUCUCUUUCAACAUCGGCAUCCUGUCUGUGUUUGGUCACUUGGAUAGCAAUUAUAGAGAUCGGCUCAAGGAGAACUAUACCAUUGUAGACAAAGGUUACAAUUCCUUCCCAACCAGCAUCCCCGGAACUGCUUAUUCCAAGGCUCUCCUGGCAAGGAAGAGAAUAAAUGACAUAAUUAGUGAGCUCAUUAGGAAGUGGAAAGAGCAAAGGUUGAUGGAGAAUGAACUAUUGGGGCACAUGUUGAAUUACAAGGACAACAAGGGCCAAGCUCUAAGUGAUGAUCAGAUUGCUGAUAACAUAAUAGGAGUCCUAUUUGCCGCCCAGGACACAACAGCCAGUGUCCUCACAUGGAUCCUCAAGUAUCUUCACGAUGACCAGAAGCUUCUUGAAGCUGUAAAGAUAGAACAAAUGGCAAUUUACGAAGCCAACGAGCAAGGGAAGAAGCCCUUAACUUGGGGUCAGACUAGAAACAUGCCCAUUACAUAUAGGGUGAUACAAGAGAGCCUGAGGAUGGCUAGUAUUAUUUCCUUUACCUUCAGGGAAGCUGUAGAAGAUGUAGUGUACAAAGGAUAUUUGAUCCCCAAGGGAUGGAAAGUGAUGCCACUGUUCAGGAAUAUCCAUCAUAAUCCAGAACUUUUCCCCGCUCCUCAAAGUUUUGACCCAUCCAGAUUUGAGGUUCCUCCAAAGGCCAAUACGUUUAUGCCAUUUGGAAAUGGAGUACACUCUUGUCCUGGAAAUGAGCUGGCCAAGUUGAAUAUGCUCAUCUUUAUCCACCAUUUGGUGACCAAAUUUAGGUGGGAACUGAUGCGAAAUGAGAAGGGAAUUCAAUACAGCCCGUUUCCAGUGCCUCUACACGGUCUUCCUGCAAGAUUUUGGAAGAACUAAUUAAUUAAUUAUAUAUAUAUAUAUAUGUUAUUAUUGGUCUUCUUUUUAAUUACUUCUCCGGUCCUAAAUAUGAAACUCAUUUUGUCGUACAAAAUUGCACUACAAAAUUUGUUUUAUAUUUAGGACUGAGAGAGUAUUAAUUUACUAUUUACAUAUUGCAUUCCACUA